AUAUUGGUUUAAAAGUUAAUGCUAACUUCCAUAUUCCGCUGUGCCUAAUUAAUCAUGCAACAGUAAAACAGUUUACUGCUGGUGUCAGCUCAUUAUUCAGGGAAGGCUUGAAUACUAGUCAACACACUUGUGUACUGGACACCAUAAAGCUACUAUUUGUUAUUUUUGAAAGCAUGCAAACCAAUUUACAUUCAAUUUUUAAUGUUUAUCAUCUUCCCCGUACUUCUUUUCUUCUCUAGAUUCUCAGAUGGAACUGAUAUCAUCACCUCAUCCGACAAUCUUAGUGAUGGCAGAACCUUAGUUUCAAGAGAUGGAAACUUUGAAUUGGGGUUCUUCAAUUCUGCAAGCUCUGGUAAAAAUCGUUAUUUGGGAAUUUGGUAUAAAAAUAUCCCAGUUCACAAUGUUGUUUGGGUUGCAAACAGGUGCAGCCCUAUAACUGACUCAUCUGGUGUUUUGAUGAUAAACAACACAAGCAAUCUGGUACUUCUGAAUAAAAGCAGGAGUAUUGUUUGGGCAUCAAACUCAACAAAUGAAGCUCAAAACCCAGUAGUUCAGCUCUUGGAUUCUGGAAAUCUUGUUCUGAGGGAUAGAAAUGGUAGUAUUUUGUGGCAAAGCUUUGACUAUCCUACAGAUACUUUGCUGCCAGAAAUGAAACUUGGACGGGACUUAAGGAGUGGUCUUAAUCGCCAACUAUCAGCAUGGAAGACGCCAGAUGAUCCAUGCCCUGGAGACUUAACUCAUGAGAUGGAGCCUUAUAAUUAUCCCGGUCUUAUUACGUGGAAAGGCUCAAAAAAGUAUUUCCGAUCAGGACCCUGGAAUGGCAUUGGAAUGAGUGGCGCACCCCACUUGAAGCCCAAUCCGUUGUUCAAGUUUGACUUCAUCUCAAAUAAAGAGGAGGUUUACUACAUUUAUCAUCUGAUAAACAAAUCUGUAACCACAAGGCUCGUUUUGAACCAAACUUCCAUUAAGGGGGAGCUCUACAUAUGGAAUGAAGAAGCUAGGACCUGGAAAUUGUACAACCAGUUUCCAUGGGAUGACUGUGACAACUAUGGGACUUGCGGGGCAUAUGGGACGUGUGUGAAUACAGCACUGCCGCCUUGUCAAUGUUUGAAAGGUUUUAGGUUGAAAUCACAAGAGGGCAGCUCAGAGGACUGGUUUCAGGGUUGUGUGCGCAAUAAACCUUUAGACUGCCAGAAAGGAGAUGGAUUUAUCAAAUUUGGAGGGUUGAAACUGCCAGAUACAGAACAUUCUUGGGUGAAUAGAAGUAUGAACCUCAAUGAGUGCAGGGCUAAAUGCCUAGAGAAUUGUUCUUGUAUGGCCUAUACAACCUUGGAUAUCAAAGAAAACAGAGGAUGUGCAAUUUGGUUUGGUGAUCUAGUUGAUCUUAAAAAGGUCGAAGCUGCUGGACAGGAUUUAUACGUUCGAGUGUCUGCUGCUGAUUCAGACCAUGAAGGGACAAAAGGCAAGACUAAAAUGAAGGCAGGACUGAUAAUUGCAAGUACUAUUCUUGUAGCUAUUGGUGCUCUUGUAAUCACCAAUUACAUUUGCAGGGGCAGUCGAAACGUAGAAGGCAUAAGAAAUGGCACGAGCAAUGACGGGCAAAAUGAAGAUAUGGAACUCUCAUUAUUUGAAUUAGCUGAAUUAUCCAAGGCCACCAAUGACUUCUCUUCCCACAACAAGCUAGGAGAAGGUGGCUUUGGUUCUGUAUACAAGGGUACUUUGCUAGAUGGAAAAGAAAUUGCUGUGAAGAGGCUCUCCAAAAGCUCUGAACAAGGAUUAGUAGAGUUUAAAAAUGAAGUAGCACUUAUAGCCAAACUUCAACAUCGAAAUCUCGUAAAGCUUCUAGGAUGCUGCAUUCAGGGGGAGGAGAAAAUGCUGGUUUAUGAAUAUAUGCCCAAUAAAAGUUUGGACUUCUUCAUUUUUGACCAUACAAGAAGAAAUCUAUUGGACUGGCCAAGGCGUUUUUACAUUAUUUGUGGAAUUGCUAGAGGGCUUCUCUAUCUACAUCAAGAUUCUCGAUUGAGGAUCAUCCAUAGAGAUCUCAAAGCAAGCAAUGUUUUGCUUGAUGGUGAAAUGAACCCCAAAAUUUCAGAUUUUGGCUUGGCUAGAACAUUUGGAGGAGAACAAUCUGAGGGGAACACGAAGAGGGUGGUUGGAACUUAUGGUUAUAUGGCACCAGAAUAUGCUAUUGAUGGGCAGUUCUCUGUAAAAUCUGAUGUUUUCAGCUUCGGAAUACUGUUGCUGGAAAUAAUAAGUGGAAUGAAGAAUAGAGGGUUUUAUCAUGUCAACCACAAUGUUAACCUUAUUGGCCAUGCAUGGAGAUUGUGGAAAGAGGGAAAUCCUUCAGAACUGAUUGAUUCAUUUGUAUUGGAGUCUUGCACUCUAUCUGAAGUGUUAAGGUGCAUCCAUAUUGGUCUCUUAUGUGUUCAGCAACACCCGGAAGAUAGGCCAAAUAUGUCAUCUGUGGUUUUGAUGUUGAGUAGUGAGAUUGAGACCUCACUAGUACAACCUAAAGAACCUGGUUUCCUUUUUGAAAAGAAAUCCUUCGAAACAAGUUCUUCAUUCAGUAAACCUAAAUCAUCUUCAACUAAUGAACUUAGCUUGUCAGUAUUGGAGGCUAGAUAAAGGUCAAUUACUUGAAUACCCCCUUGCCUAGCGGUGCUGUUAAUAUUAACUGAAUGAUAUUUUAGUUCGAACUUAAAUGUAUCAAGGGAACUAAUUUGUCAAUUUUCUAGUAGUCUUAUUUCCUAGUUGAAUGUUGUCUCUGGUACAUGUAAUGGUAGUUGAAAACAAAUGAUAGUCAUCAAUCUCUUAUGCUUAGAAUGUUUCUCCUACGGAAUUGAUAUCGACACCUCAUCCCACAAUCUGAUGGCAGAACCUUUGUCUCUAUAGAUGGAAACUUUGAACUGGGGUUCUUCGUAAGUUCUGGAAAGAGUCGCUACUUGGGAAUUUGAUUCAGGAGUAUCCCAGAGCAAACUGUUGUCUGGGUUGCAAACAGGUGCAGCCCAAUAAACGACACAUCUAGUGUUUUGAUGAUAAAGAGCAUAGGCAAUC